CGCUUAUAGAACUUGCGGUAACUAUAUCACGUCGUUCAAGUUAUCUCGCCGAAUGUUGGCUUUUCGGCUGAUCGCCCGGGUCCAACGGCGUAAGCCUUAAACUCCUUUGCCGCUCCGGCUCCGAUACUUCCAAAAAUAUUGAAGUGUACAGUCCUAUUCAUAUGCAAACCAAAUGGCCUUUAUUGUCACUUGCCUGACCUGCCGAUAUAUUCCUCUUUAGUUAAGGCCUAAUAUUAGCGCAUAACAACAUGGCUUCCUCGCCUCGUCAAACUCCAAUGGACCCAGAAAGGCCGACAGGGAGAUUAUGCACUUGGGUGGAAAGCCUUAAGUAUCAUGAUAUCCCGGAAGAUAUUAUUACAAGAGCAAAAUAUCUCAUUCUAGACGGACUAGCGUGCUGCCUGGUCGGCGCACACUUACCAUCGUCCGAGAAAGCCGCCGCCGCCGCCCUAGACCUAGAAGUUGCGGACGGAAGUGCAAUCGUCUUCGGCUGGGAACGCAAGGUCGGACCGCUUUCUGCUGCGCUGCUUAAUGACACCUUUAUACAAGGCUUCGAGUUGGAUGAUUGGCACCGCGAUGCUCCUAUUCACUCUAACUCCGUGCUGCUGCCCGCCCUAUUCGCAGCAGCGGAACACUACGGCCGUGGCACCGGAGACACUCCCGCUUUGCAUUACUCUGGUAGAGACCUACUGCUUGCCUAUGUCACGGGCUGCGAGGUAGGCCCGCGCGUUGGGUUGGGCGUCUGGGGUGCUCACGUUCUUUCGAAGGGUUGGCAUUCAGGCGCUAUUUUUGGUCCCUCCGCUGCUGCUGCUGCGGUAGCAAAGCUUUUUGGUCUCUCAGCAGCCGCUAUAGAAGACGCAUUGGGGAUAGCAUGUACGCAAGCAGGCGGCCUGAUGUCUGCUCAAUUCGAAAGCGAAGUGAAGCGGAUGCAGCACGCGUUUGCUUCGAGGAACGGGCUUCUCGCGGCCGUGCUUGCUAAGGGCGGCUAUGUGGGAAUUAAGAAAGUCUAUGAGCGGGAAUAUGGUGGCUUUCUGGCUAUGGUUAGCGCUGGAAAUGGCAUGCAACCACAAUUCAAACCCGAGGAAGUGUCGAAAGACUUAGGGGUAAAAUGUGAGAUCGAGAGCAUAAUGGUAAAGCCGUAUGCUUCGAUGGCUGGGACGCAUUGCACCAUUGACUGUAUAGCUGCGCUGCGUACGUUAUACCCAGAAAAGACACGGGAUCUUUCCAACUUCGAGAGCAUUCGUAUUGAGAUGAGCGAACCCGCAUAUCAUCACGGGGGUUGGAAGGCUGUGCGACCGCUGACCUCAACGGGUGCGCAGAUGAGCAAUGCAUAUAUUGGUGCUGUUUAUCUGGUUGACGAGGAAGUGACGCCAAGACAGUUCCGCAACGAUAAGCUCGACAGAGACGAGGUGUGGCGACUAGUCGAUAUUACGACUUGCGAGUGCAACCCGGACUAUUCCAAGUCACCGAAAGACAAAGCUAGGACGAAGGUUACCGUCGCGUUUAAGGAUGGAUCAGCACCGUUAAGCCAUGAGAAAGGGGCUCCGAGAGGUGUCCAGCCGCCACUUAGCAAUGAAGAGGUGCUGAACAAAUGGCGUCUCGUGACUAAAGGUAUCAUUGACGAGGAAAGAAGAACUAAGAUUGAGCAGAUUGCGCUCGCGCUGGACGAGUGUGAUGACAUCUCUGCCAUUAGUAAACUCAUGACAGGCCGUACAGUUAAUCCUUUGGCGUAGCCCCGGGAAUGACUGGCUACCUCACAGGUAAUUCCAUAGGUACCUAAGUUAAAGAUCAUAUUAUCCACCAUAGUCCAUACGUAUGAGAUGAAAAGUUGUUUAUCGUUACCAGUCUAGACUUGAUCUAGAAAAUCAAAGUUGACAGCCCAGUCAUAGUCGGGAAAGGGCUCAUCUACUGGCAUCAUGUCCAUGUUACCAGCGACGGGACCAGCGGGAAACGGAGUCGCUUGCGCUACUGCUAGAGCAAUGCGGUUUUGUUCUGGAUAAGGGCUAGUCUGCCCGUUAAACUCAACACGCCACCACCAGAAACUGUCAAAGACAACACUCAUAGAUAACCGGCUCCGAAUGCG